CUCGCGUAUAAAAGCUCGGCUCGGAGCGUCCGGUCGCCAGGUCGCUUCCUGCUUGGGAAGAAGCUGUUGGCGGAGCCACGAAGAUGGCGUCGACCAGCCGUUUGGAUGCUCUCCCAAGAGUCACAUGUCCAAAUCAUCCAGAUGCAAUUUUAGUAGAGGACUACAGAGCCGGCGAUAUGAUCUGCCCUGAAUGUGGCUUAGUUGUAGGGGACCGGGUUAUCGAUGUGGGAUCCGAAUGGAGAACUUUUAGCAAUGAUAAAGCAACAAAAGACCCUUCUCGAGUUGGAGAUUCUCAGAAUCCUCUUCUGAGUGAUGGAGAUUUGUCCACCAUGAUUGGCAAGGGUACAGGAGCUGCAAGUUUUGAUGAGUUUGGCAAUUCUAAGUAUCAGAAUCGGAGAACAAUGAGUAGCUCUGAUAGAGCAAUGAUGAAUGCUUUCAAGGAAAUCACAACCAUGGCAGACAGAAUCAACCUCCCUCGAAAUAUAGUUGAUCGAACAAAUAAUUUAUUCAAGCAAGUAUAUGAGCAGAAGAGCCUGAAGGGAAGAGCUAAUGAUGCGAUAGCUUCUGCUUGUCUGUACAUUGCCUGUAGGCAAGAAGGAGUUCCAAGGACAUUUAAAGAAAUAUGUGCCGUAUCUCGAAUUUCUAAAAAAGAAAUUGGCCGCUGUUUUAAACUGAUUUUGAAAGCUUUGGAAACCAGUGUGGAUCUGAUCACAACUGGGGACUUCAUGUCCAGGUUCUGCUCGAACCUUUGCCUCCCCAAGCAAGUACAGAUGGCAGCAACACAUAUAGCCCGCAAGGCCGUCGAGCUGGACUUGGUUCCUGGCAGGAGCCCCAUAUCUGUGGCAGCGGCAGCUAUUUACAUGGCUUCCCAGGCAUCAGCUGAGAAGCGGACACAGAAAGAAAUUGGAGAUAUUGCUGGUGUUGCUGAUGUUACAAUCAGACAGUCCUACAGACUGAUCUACCCUCGGGCUCCAGAUCUCUUCCCUUCAGACUUCAAGUUUGACACCCCAGUGGACAAAUUACCUCAGCUAUAAGUUGAAGCAAUUAAGUGUCAUACUCUCAUGUACAUGGAACUUUAUACAUAGCAUACAUUGUGCUGGUUGAGCCUUUAAUGAGGAAAAAGAUGGUACGCAUUCCAGAGCUAAAUAUUAUUACUUAGCAUUCUGUAUGUAUAUAUUAGUGCAACAUAUUUAAUGAUUUAAAUUUCUUACUGAAUCUGCUUUCUUUUUUAGUGAUUAGGAAACAGUAUUUUCGAAGAUAUUAAACUAUGUAAUUCUCAAAUAAAACAUUUUUU